UGUUCGGUUGACAACAAGCUGAAGGUUUCCAAAUUCAGACCCAAACACCGCCAAUUUUUCAAUAUAUGACGGCGGAGUUCAUUUUGUCAAAAGCGGAUUGAACGACGACCAGAAGACCAGUCAACUUUCUCCCGACAUUGCGAUCUCCCAAUUCCUAGUUCUCGGAUAAUCGGUUUAGACUACAACAACUGAACGAGAUUUGAUCAUACUAGGGAAAAUGGGGGCACGUGUACAAUGGGAUGAGGCAAAUUUGGGAGAAAUUGAGGCAAAUAAACCAGUGAGGCAGAAAAUAACUGAACCAAAGACACCAUAUCACCGCAUGACCGAUGAUGAUGAUGGAUCUCUCUCUUCUCCGUGGGAUAGCUUUGAGGAGGCCAAUGGUGAUACAAUACACUCAGAAGUCGUAUCCAGUGGAUUGAGUGACAUGGCUUCUUCCAGUGGAAAUAAUUCCAGACAGUCUGGCUGGACAUCUUCUGAGGAUGAGGCUGAUAUCAUGGACCAAGAUGAUGAAGAUUCUGGUUCAGAAAGGAGCAAGAGCUUUAGGGAGCACAGGCGAGCACACUAUGACGAAUAUAGGAAAAUCAAAGAACUGCGUCGAACAGGCUCCUCUCUUGAAGAUGCAUCUGAUGAUGAGAUUGGGGACCUUGAGAAAAGGGAUGGGAGGUGUAAUACAUCAUCAUCAUUGACAGCUGCUGUUAAGGGCAUUGACAUUGCGGAAGGAAGCACGGACGCUUCUAAAUAGUCCUCUGUCUCUGCCAACUGAACAUGGAUCGUCGCAAAAAAGUACAGUAUUGAUAUGAUCUUAUUUCCAAGAAGGCCGUUAUUACAACCCAUCGUUUUUGUUUUUGAUAUGUUCACUUUUGCUUGUAAGUUGUAUAUAGGUGGUUUCAAGAUAUUUCACAUAUGGGAGGAACAUCUUCCAUUCUGUGACUGCCAUAACUUUUCACCGGAAAAUAUUGUGAAAUCACAAACUACUAAUAUCGACUUCGUUACUGUUGUUUCGUAGU